CUUUGACGCACUGUUUCUGAUGCAUUAAACGGAGUCCGCAAGGGCAUUUACGAAUCAAUCUUUCAUACAGAUUGAGACGGUGAUAUAUCAGUGUGCUUGACACUGCUCUGCUCUGCUCCGUUCUUUUUACUUCUCCCUACGAAGCUUAUGCGGAUGCAGGAUAGAGAUUCAUGGCCUGAGCUAGCUCGAGCGGGGCAGACAGUUGUAAAGCUCAGGGAGGGAGAAGCUGGAGAGAUUCCUUUAAUAAUCAUUCAUGGAGGAGGCGGAGCGAUCCACGCUUUCGGUCCCUUGCAGCGCAAAUUCCGUUCCGCUCUUUGGGCCCUUCAAGUUACCCCAGAUACACCCCUUACAACCGUGCAGGAACAAGCAAGUUUCUAUUACCAUAAAAUCAAGAGUGAGCGAAGGACGGGACCUUACCGGAUCGCGGCGUUCUCGGCCUCCAGCAUUAUCGGAUUUGCGCUUACGCUUCUAUUCGAGCACAACGGAGAUGAAGUGAUCCAGCUCGCCCUCAUUGACCACUUGCCCACCACUUUUCUUGCUCCGGUGCUUGGUAUUGAUGUCACUAAAACACCACUCCAGCAUCCCCGUGCUCGAAAAGAAUUCAUUGACACUAGCUUGGACAAUUUGGUGGCAAUGACUCGGAGAGAUGGGGGUGGAAAUGUUCCUCGACGACACCGCCUCGCUGAUGGGCUAGCUGACGCUCGCAAAGGCCUGCCGACGGCACCUUUUAUUCAGUCGCACAAGGACGUCCUAGACCGAUUUCUUAGCCAGGUGUUUGACUUUAUGUUAACCAUCUGUGGUAUCUCGGAAAUGCCGGCGUCAUCUGAGAUAGCACAACGCGAGCCGGACGGACGCAAGAAUAUUAAAGCACUGGAAGAUUGGCUCAAACGUGUCAACGCACCUGUGUCGAUAUAUCUAGGGUCAUACGGGAUGAUAGGAUCUGUUCCUGUGGAGCACCGCAAAGAUUGGCAUGAUUUAGGGAUUCACAGCUGCUUCCCAAAUGCAAAAAUCAAACAUUUACAUGCAGGACAUUAUGACAUUCUAGAUAAUGAUGUCCUUAUUAGAUCAUUACAAGAGGGAUUUAUUCCCUCGUCUCGAAUGUAGAUUUUAUGUCACCUUC